AUGAUUUUCAAGAUGAUUCUUCCUUGGGUAUGUAGAAGGUCUCCAAAACAUGCUGACUUGCCUCGAACCGUCCUUGUGGUGCAUGCAACUACAAGUUCAGAGUACCAAAACGACUCGACCGCCUUACAUUGGGAUCCAUGGCGUGCCAUUUGUUUGAAGUCGUUGCAAAUGCAUGGUGGGGACAAGGUGUCUACAGCGUCCCCGUUAGCAAAGCCUCCGGCUGCAUCAGCGCAUGCAGGGUUCUCGCAACGGACGAAACACAAUCCAAAGGUCACCUUUGGACAACUAUUCGGCAUUGAAGCCGAACACUAA